AUGUGGAAAUCUAUUGAGGUUGGAAAUAAGGUGAUCGUGCAGAAAUGCGACUCCUAUCAAGUUCUUGAAGUUCGUCCCAAUGUGCUCAUUGAUGUGGGCAAAACCAAAGUUCCGGCAUCAACCAUCAUUGGCUACCCCAUGGGGUCGACCUUCUACUUCGAUGGAACUCGUGUUGCUCAAGUUAAGGCUGAUGAAAUAGCCCUUGAACCCGUUGAUGUGGAGUUCUCGAAGGACAAUCGGCACCUUUUGGAUCGCUCUGAAAAUCAGUUAUUGACAGCAGAAGAUAUUCAAAGUCUCAAGUCUACCGGUUCCACCGGAAAUGCGAUAAUUUCCAAGUUAGUAGAAAAGUGCACAACUUUUCGACUAAAGACAAAGUUCUCUCAGGAAAAAUAUUUGAAUAAGAAGAAGAAGUCUUACCUCUGUGUUUUUACGGUACGACCUUACACCGCUCGGAAUAUUGCCGACAUGCAAAUGUGCUGCAAAGCAACCGCAUUGCGUUACGAUUCGCUGGUACAGCUGCUGGCUUUUGCCAAUGUUCAUGCUGGCUGCACGGUUUUGUUAACCGAAACCUAUUCUGGUUUGGUCACCAAAGCAGUCCUUGAACGGUUGGGACAUCGCGACCUCGGGGGUCGUCUCGUCACCUUCUUCCACGGUACCUCACCCCCUAUUGUGGAUGUUGCAUUGGCUCGGGAAUCGCCUCCAGUACGUUCCAAGUCUCUCAUAGCUUAUUUUCUUGCAUUCAUUUAUAAUGUUCGAUUUGGAGACGUUACUUCUCUCCUCUUGACUGGUUUGUUCGCUAAGGAACACCGAGAUGACUCUGUGGCAGGGCCUCCACAGCAUAAGGCAAGGUCCAUUUCCACUUUGCUACAUUCUGCUGAAUCGUGUUUGGUUACAAGUGGGGCUAAGUCGCCUAGCGCUGAAUCAUGCCCACUUGGGAACAAGGGGACUGCUGAGGAUGUUACGCAAAAUCUUAAUCGUGUCUCCGAACGCCGAUCAAAGAAGGCAGAAAACAUGUCGGAAGCGGAGAAAUUGAAGCGGUCUCAAGAGAAGCAGGAACAAUUGGACGAGGUUCGGCGGAUUCUCUGCCCCACGGAUGAGCAACUUUCACAAGAACUUGAGGAUCGACCUGAUUGUCUCAUCGUGGCCUCGCGGUUUUACCCCGUUGAAAUCACCCUCUUGUUGAUGCAAUUUCUACCACCUGGUCGACCUUUUGUAGUUCACUCGCACAUUCUUCCGGCUCUUGUCGACUUAUACAAUGUUUUGAAAAGGCGAGGUAGUUGUGCUCAGUUGUCUCUCCAUGACACCUGGUUGCGUCCGAUACAAGUUUUGCCCGAUCGCACACACCCGGCUAUUCGGAUGACCUCAGGUGGUGGCGGUUUCAUCUUACGCGGAUACACUGUCCAACGACGCGAGGAUCCAGACGCCUUUUUGAGGCGCUCCACCAUGCGAGCCUCGACGAAGCAGCUGUUUGAUGAGGGACUCAUUUCUUACGCGCAGUAA